AUGAUGAAUGCGCGAGAGAAACAAAAGUACAUAGAAAGUUUCGCUUUUCCUCGUUGCGAUUUAAUAGAAAAAUAUGAAAUAGUGACCAAAAUUGGACAAGGAACUUUUGGUGAAGUUUUCAAGGCAAGAGAUAAGAGUAAUCCUAAAAAAUUCGUGGCUAUGAAGAAGGUUUUGAUGGAUGAUGAAAAACAGGGAUUUCCAAUUACAGCUCUUAGAGAAAUACGGAUACUGCAGUUAUUGAAACACGAAAAUGUAGUAAACCUGAUCGAAACCUGCAGAACAAAGCCUUCCCAGCACAACAAUUAUCGUUCAACGUUUUAUCUGGUUUUCGAUUUUUGUGAGCAUGAUCUAGCAGGUUUGUUAUCAAAUGUUAACGUUAAAUUCAGUUUGGGUGAGAUCAAGAAAGUUAUGCAGCAACUUCUGAAUGGACUUUACUUCAUUCAUAAUAACAACAUUUUGCAUAGAGAUAUGAAAGCUGCAAAUAUAUUGAUGACCAAGAAUGGAGUUUUGAAACUUGCUGACUUUGGGCUAGCUAGACCAUUCAGUUCUAACAAAAAUGGAGUAGCAAAUAGGUACACAAAUCGGGUUGUUACUUUAUGGUAUCGACCGCCAGAACUUCUUCUUGGAGAGCGUAAUUAUGGUCCGCCAGUUGAUUUGUGGGGUGCCGGUUGUAUCAUGGCUGAACUGUGGACACGUAUUCCAAUAAUGCAAGGAAAUAGUGAGCAGCAUCAGCUUACUCUGAUAUCUCAACUUUGUGGUUCAAUAACUACACAAGUAUGGCCUGGAGUGGAAAAUUUGGAUCUGUUUAAGAAAAUGACGUUGCCUCGGGAGCAAAAGAGGAAAGUUAAAGAACGUCUUACCCCAUACUUAAAGGAUCCACAUGCCUGUGAUCUAUUCGAUAAGCUCUUAGUACUCGAUCCCUCCAAACGUGUUGACGCGGAUACGGCCCUCAACCACGAUUUCUUCUGGACUGAUCCCAUGCCCUGCGAUCUAGGAGAAAUGUUGGCUAACCAUACACAGAGUAUGUUUGACUUCUUAGCCACUUCAAGACGUUCAACACAAAUGAGACCUAGGCCAUCUACAUCUACUGUUCAAGACAGUGGAUAUCAGGAUAGAGUUUUCUAGUGGAAAGUUGGUGUUAUGUUAUGUGACGUAGAAUUGAAAUGGAAUAAACUGGACUGUUUGGAGAUCAGCCAAAAUGUAAUCCUCCAUUAUCAAAAACCCUUGUGAAUUAAUGUGAAAAUUAAACCAGUGUGACUAAAGAAGUAGUGCAAUUUUUUUUUUCAAAUUGAUAUGGCAUGACAUUCAUUACUUAU